AUUAUAAAAGAUAAACUUGAUAUGCGACAUUCACAAAUUAUGAGCGUUUUAGACAAGAGAAAUGAGCUGGUUUCGAAGGAUUAGAUCCGAGACGGUAGAAGACAACUACAUAGAUCUAUUGGUGCCACUUUGGAAGAAAAGAUGAAUGUCGAAGUCCAGUAAUCGAAGGUGAUGGAAAAGUUGGAAGGUGACAGCAUUCAAAUCAGAACAAAGUAAUAUCAUUGUUUGGUGGAACAUCCUUCAGAGAUGAUUCAUAAAUUGGCUUAUUUAUAUGUUUUCAGUAUUUUUGUUUAUGGAUUCGAUGGACCUAUAGAAAAACGUAUGGGACCCGUCUUCAUCUCCGAACCACCAAGUUCUGUUGAUUUCCUAAAUACGACAGGUGUUGCUGUAGACUGUUUAGCAUUCGGUAGUCCUUCGCCUCGUAUAUCAUGGCGUUUAAGGGACGGCAGCCUCGCAGAGAAUGUGCCAGGACUUAGACAAACUCUACCGAAUGGUACAUUAAUCCUAUGGUCCUUUCGACCCGAACAAUAUCGCCAAGAUGUACACGCGGACGUCUACAGGUGUCUGGCCAGCAACGUGGUUGGAACUAUACUCAGCAGAGACAUCCACGUUAGGGGAGUUGUCAAACAGUACUACGAAGUACAAGUCUAUGAUGAAUAUGUCAUCCGAGGUAACACAGCUGUAUUGACCUGCCACAUUCCUAGUUUCGUAAAAGAUUACGUCACAGUGACGUCGUGGAUACGGGACGACAUUGUUACCAUAACCUCAAAUGUACAGGAAGGAGGUAGAUACAGUGUCUUCUCUUCUGGUGAACUACAUAUCCGCAACGUAACACCCAGUGAUGGGUCUAUGAGCUAUCGUUGUCAAACCACCCAUCGUUUGACUAAUGAAAUCAUUGUCAGUGCCACAGCCGGAAGGUUAAUAGUUACAGGUAAAUAUUGGCUUGCUUUUACCGAUUAUUGCUUAUCAACCCAAUAUUCUUCUAUUGGAGUAUAG